AUGACUUCACCGGAACAACCCCGCCGACAUUCGAGCUCGUUCAAACACCGCCUCCAACGCAGAGAGGCCAACGUCCGCGAGCGAGGACGAGGCACCAUGGAUCUACCUGAGCGGUUCAAGGUCGACGACGACGGCGAUGGCGAUGACGGCACUGGAGUCGACAACCCCAAUUUCGCACACCAGAGCAUGUACGGCAUGAUCGCCGCGCAGUCGGGUGGAGUCAACUUCCCAGGCUGGUUCCAGCACGACAGUGGAAGUGAGAGUGAGCGUGACGAAGACAAGUCUGGCGCAAGCAAGAUAUCGGGAGAUGAGAAGAAGCUGAGCGAGAAGGGUGCACGACCAGCAACCAGCAAGGACAUCCGGAAAGACAAGCCUGCAGUGAAGAAGCACGGCCAGGGACCGAGUGAGAACAAGCUAGUCCAUAGCUUUCUCAAGCCCAUCAAAGAGAAGGACGCUUCGCAGCACGAGGACCCGAUGACGCAGUCACAGCUGCUUCCACCCCGCGACGAACAGCAUUCACAAGAGGCGGAACAACCUACACCAGCACAGGCAGAUACCCCUGUCCUAGACCGCAAGUUGCAAGCCAUGGCCAUGGCAGAUGUAGGAACGUUGGAUUCUGCGAACAUCUCGAAGAAUGAGAAAGAGAAGGAACCUGGACAGACGGUGAAAGAUAAGGCAAAGACGUCGCUCACCCAGACCGUCGCGACCAUUUUCCAAUUCGAAGAGCCAGAGGACGUUGUGGCCGAAUACCCCUGCUGGUACACUAAGAACGUUAUACUGCAAGGUUUCAUGUACAUCACCACCAAGCAUGUCUGCUUCUACAGCUAUUUGCAUCAGAAGACCAACACGGUGCUCAAGAACGGCCACAUUGGAAAGCAAAGCAAGCAUGGCUACGUCUAUCACCAAUACUGGUUCGUCUUGAAAGGAGACAGCUUUUCGUAUUACAGAAGCUCGGCAGAUCCCUACUUUCCUCUCGGCAUGGUCGAUCUGCGCUACGCCAUCUCUGCAGACAUCACCACUCCUGAGGAGGGCCAUGAAGCAACAGACUUCACCAUUACCACUCCCGAUCGAGUGUACUACUACCGAGCCGAACAACCAUCAUCCGCAAAGGAAUGGGUCAAACAGCUACAGAAGGUCAUCUUCAGAAACCACAACGAUGGUGACUCAGUCAAGCUAUCAUUGCCGAUGCAGAACAUCGCAGAUGUAGAGGAGACCAACGUAAUCGAAUUGGCGGACACCAUCAAGCUUAGGGUGCUUGCCGGUGACGAUACCUACGCGAUCGAUGAGUACUUCUUCACAUUCGUCAAGCACGGCAAAGAUGCUUUGAAGGUGCUGAAGGGCAUGAUUGAGGGCAACAGCGCCAAGAAAGGUAUUGCCAAGGAUGGCAGCCUCAGCCCAGUGCGACAGAUGCGGUCGUCAGAUACUCAGCUGCGGUCGCCUGCCAGACAAGGCCAGGAGCCUGCCCGCUCAACUCUCUCACCACUCGCAGCAGGUGGAACGGCCAGUCCGCAGAAAAGCAGCCGAAGCGGUAGCAGUGGAGGCCCAGACGAGCACAGCAAACCGCCCUAUCCACCGAACAUGCUGGAAUCGAGUGAGAGCUUCGUCACCUCUUCCUCUACCCUUGACGACAGCACCGAUCCCGACAUGUCUGCCAGCCAGAUGUUGGUUGACGAUGGCAUGUUCCAACGCCCAACCUUCAGCAUGCAGCAGUAUCGUGGCACCUUUCCAGACAGGACUGCCGAGCGAGAAGAAUCAGAGGAGUCGUCCCGAGAGUCAAGUGCCGAGCGCGUGCGUGUUCAGCCUCCUGACAAGGAUCGUCCUCAAGCACACCGUAACGAGAGUGGUGGAUCUGGUCGAACGAUAGAGGCUGAGCCCAAGAACAAGACACAACCGAUCACCAUCAAAGCACCAGGGCGUCUGGCACGUGGUAUAUCCAUGCCCCUACAGCAUGCCAAGACUGUCGCCGACGUCGUGCGAUCAUCGAGCAAGGCAGUGGGCUCGUACCUCAGCAGCAGCCCCAAGACAUACAUCUCGAAUUUCUCCGAAGCCUUCACUGGUGGAAAGCGAUACUACACUGAUUCCGCACGACUGGCGCCUGACGACAGCAUCCAGGACCCCGACCAAGAGAAGGAAGUUGCGGAACACGAGCGACGUUUUAGACAACAUUUCGCGUUGCCAGAGACCGAGAACCUGGUUGCUGUCUUCUUCUGCUGGCUGCACAAGACCAUUCCGACCUACGGCAAAAUCUAUAUCGGCACCACCAACUUCUGCUUUCGCAGCUUGCUGUACGGUGUGGGGACCAAGGUCAUCCUUCCACACACACAAAUUUCGAGCGUCCAGAAGCAGAGCGGUUUUCGCUGGGGCUACCCAGGCAUGGUGAUGAUCAUCAAAGGACACCCUGAGCUGUUCUUCGAAUUCCCUACUAACGACUUGCGCAACGACGCCGAAGCCGCUGUCCGAUUGAUCUUGCCAGAUCCAUCCAGACAGGUUGCGCAGUCUACGAUACUAACGCCAGAAGAACGCCAAAAUGCCGUCGCCGCUGCCGCCGAGAAUGACUUGUUGAGAGAGGCGAGGAAGGAGGGAUUUACUGACGAUGAUUCACAGUUACCAGAGCAUUUGCGCGACCCGCCUCCGCCCAUUCUGUUCGGUGAUCCCGCCAAGGCGAAACUCGAGAUCAAGCCCAAGAAGUCCCUACGCAUCGUCUGCCUCACCAUCGGCUCCCGCGGUGACGUCCAGCCAUUCAUAGCACUUUGCAAGGGCCUUAUCGCUGAAGGUCAUCGUCCAAAGAUCGCCACCCAUGCGGAAUUCAGGCCUUGGGUGGAGAAGCACGGCAUCGAGUUCGCAGAAGUCGCGGGCGAUCCAGCAGAGCUGAUGAGGAUCUGUGUCGAGAAUGGCAUGUUCACGCCAUCGUUCAUCUUUGAAGCAAACUCGACCUACCGCAGCUGGUUGGAUCUUCUUUGCCAGACUGGUUGGGCCGCAUGCCGUGAUGCAGAGAUGAUCAUCGAGAGCCCUGUCGCAAUGGUGGGCAUUCACAUUGCGGAGGCGCUAGAGGUCCCAUACUUCCGCGCCUUCACCAUGCCGUGGACGAGGACAACGACAUACCCGCAUGCGUUUGCCGCUCACAGCAGUAAGAAGGGCGGCAUGUACAACUGGGCGACAUACACCCUCUUCGAGAAUGUGCUCUGGUCGUGGCCCUCGUGGCAGAUCAACCACUGGCGUCGGAAGACCCUGAACUUGCCAUCCACGAGUCUUGGUCGUCUGCAGGUCGACCAGAUCCCAUUCCUAUACAACGUCUCUCCGAGCGUGUUCAUCCCACCUCUCGACUUCUGCGACUGGCACAACGUCACCGGAUACUGGUUCCUGGACGAGGGCGAGGAUUACCAACCACCAGAAGAUCUUGCCAAAUUCAUCAAGAAAGCCCGAGACGACGGGCAGAAGCUCGUCUACAUUGGCUUUGGCUCUGUCGUGGUGUCCGAUGCGAGACUGUUGACCCAACACAUCGUCGAAGCGGUGCUCAAAGCCGACGUCCGCUGCAUUCUGUCCAAAGGCUGGUCCGACCGCUUGAACAAAGACAACGCCAACCAGAUCCCCAUCGAGCUGCCACCCUCCAUCUUCCCAGUCACCUCAGUACCCCACGACUGGCUCUUCAAGCAGAUCGACGCGGCAGUCCACCACGGCGGCGCCGGCACCACAGGCGCCUCCCUCCGCGCCGGGAUCCCGACCCUCAUCAAGCCCUUCUUCGGCGACCAAAACUUCUGGGCGAGCCGAGUGGAAGACCUGCGCGUCGGCGUGCACCUUAGAAAGGUCACGACCAACCAGCUCGGCAAAGCACUCUGGGUCGCCGUGCACGACGAGCGCAUGCGCACGCAAGCCGCCCUCCUCGGCGAACAGAUCCGCGCGGAGCAGGGCGUCGACACGGCGAUAUACGCCCUGUACAGCAACCUCGCCCGCGCCAAGGACCAGAUUAAGAAGCGGAAUGUGGCGGGCGAGGGCGCGGAGGAUGUGGAGGAGAACUGGACGUUCAUCGACGGGGAUAGUCUGGAGGAUGCGCCUGUGACCGAGGAGGGCGAGAUGCCGAUGCAGAAGCAUGUGGUUGAUGAGGCGGAUGAGAGUGAUGUGGAUGAGGAGAUGGCGGCGGAGGAGGCGGAGGUGGAGAAUCGGAAGUUGAGGGAGGCGGGGAGGAAGGUGGUUUGA